GGUUACGGAAGGGAAAUUUAGGUCGGACGUUGAUCUGCAAAAUGUAAAACCUUUUGAUCAGAGUACCUUGUAAAAAAUGGACGACACUGGAAAUUUAGAAGUCAGGUGGAUACAAGGCUUUACAAACACAAAUAUUGAAUUUAUCGACAACACAACAGUGUGUUAUGUGUGUGGGAAUUUCAUCUGUUUCCUGAACCUGGAGACAAAAAUAAAAACUUUGUUUCAGUGUCCUGGCAGAGGUAUUGGGGCCUUCACAGCCAACAGCCAUAAUGGGAUUUUUGCCUUGUCUGAACACAAUGUAAAUCCCUCUAUAUUUAUAUACAUCUUCCCUGAGCUUGAGUUGAAGAAUGAACUAAAAGGAACCACACAACUAGACUACACGUCUUUGGCAUUGAGUAAUGCUGGUCCUUAUUUGACCUGCUGUUCCACUGUUCCAGACAACAUUAUAACAGUUUGGAACUGGGAAGAUGCUGAAAUACUUUGUACACAUGCACAAACUGAGAAGGAUGUCAUUUCUUUGACAUUCAACCCCAUGAACUGGCUCCAAAUGUGUAGUUUGGGGGCUACAUCCAUCACUGUCUGGGAUAUACAGAAGAGUGCCAGUUUUCAUAUGCUGAAGCCAAGUGUAAUAGAGUUGCCAGCAACUGAUGGCUCCUUUGUUCAGAGGUCAGAUACACCGUCUUAUGCUGUCAGUGACAGAUUCACAUAUUUUGGACCUGAGAUGCCACCAUCUGCCAUUUCUGGAGUGACGGGAGACAAAUCAGAAAGCAUUGUGACCAAACUGUGCAGUAAAUCCAGACUAACACCUGCUGCCUUCUGCUGGACAGCUACAUCAUUGCUGUAUGUGGGCUGUGUGGAAGGAUUUCUGCUGCUGGUUGACCUGGAGAACCUUUCUGUGUCAGUUGUCUUCAACCCUGCAACUCCAGAUGCCAUCACUGAACUGAAACAGAACAACUUCCUGAGUUUAGUGUUGAACAGGAAUGGCUUGAUUGCUGUGGGACAGGGGAAGCUAAUGCACUGCCUGAAAGUCAAAGGAAAUCAGAUUGAAAUCACACAAACUUGGGAAUUAGAAACACCUGUCACUGCUGUCAAGUGUUCCCCUGACCAUGAAACCUUACUUUUAUCUUCAAAUAUGGGGCAGCUGCAUGUGCUGAAUCCAGCAUGGUCAGAAAAGAUGCUGAAGGUCAUCGAUGUUCUCAGCGGCAACUUUGUGGUGGCUGUGUUUUCACACAGCAGCAAGAGCAUUUGUGUGACCGUGAGGGACUCUGGAAUUUUGCAGCUGUGGUCUGCAGAAGGCUUCCACCUCAGCUCACUUUCCCUUCAAGCUAAGGUGACAAGUUUGGCUUGCUGUCCUAUUGCGCAGUACUCAGCUGUCGGAACGGCAUCAGGUGAUGUCCUUUUUAUUGACCUGAACAAUGAGCAGCAUCCACGACUGGUACACCAGGUUCAUCUCUAUCACACAUCUGUGGAUCACUUGGUGUUUGACCAGGAGGGACACUUCCUUCUGACUGGCAGCUCAGAUUCACAUGUCUACGUAAUCAAUGCAAAGCCAUCAAAGAGAUUUUCAGUCAUAGGAUACACAGUUGUUCCUGGCCCUCCAUUGUCCAUUUCCACUCAGUACAUCAGGGACAGUGAGCAGGUUAUAGUUCUUGCACUGUGCUCAUCACAGAAAGGCAGAACACAUGAUGGAGGUCUGCUGACAUCUCUCACGCUGUCUGCCAGAGGGCUUGCAGGUCCAGAUUGUGUGGACAAACAUGGCUAUCUGUCUAAUCACAUCCUGAAGGUUUCCAGAUAUGAGGUUGCUCAUCCGCUGACGUCCUGUGUUCUGGGGAUUGGAGAGUGCUUUGGUUACUGCCACAGAAGGAAAAUUAUUCAGCGGUUCCAACUUCCUCAGGACCCAGACGAUCACCCCAGCGAACAGGUGGUCAUGCUGAAACCAGAUCAGGAGGUCAGGGGUCACCCUCUUGGUCCCGCUUCUCUCAUGCUGUCUCCUCACCACUUAUGGUUGGCAUCUAUUGGCCAAGAUGGGCUGCUACGCAUCACAGACACAGCUUCAAUGGAGCAGUACUUAGAAAUACAGUGUCACUCAUAUCGUCUUGGGGGAAUUCAGAGCGUGUCUUUCUCCGCAGACAGUCAGACGCUCCUUACUACUGGAUUUAAUGACGGUUCUCUUCUGUGCACUCGUCUCAGAAUCAGAAGUUCAGAUGUUGGUGAUACGAGUAAAGCUACUCUGUAUCGUCAGUCCAUGUUUAAGGAUUUGGAGGGCGUAUUUACCAAAGAGAACUCCGUCCUCACUGAGCUACCUGAGUUGACCGAAAGGUCUCCGCCUCCUCCUGGUGCUGAAAAUCAACAGCAAAACAAGGCCUGUGAUAGAACAGAGAUGAUGGAUAUGAUAGAACAGGAUGAGAGUUAUAUCAGCCUGGUGUCUGCUACACCAUCACAACCCACCUGGAUAGAAAGCAGACAAGAGGAGGUUGUGAAAGCUGACAAUCAGCAAUAUUCAGAGAUAAAGAAAAACCUGAGGAGAGGCAUCGAGGAGCUACGUGACACUAUUAAGACCAUGAUGCAGGAAAAUGAGAAACUCCCAGAUAAUGAGCGUCUGGAACUAUUCGAGUUCAACCUGGAUGUUGAGGAGCAGAGGAGACUGGAUGCCAUGGUGGAGCAAGAGGUUACCAGGGUGAGAAAGGAAAUUGAGUGGGAGAAUCUCACAAAAUGUUAUCUCCGUGAUGUCAUAAAGAGAGAAUUCUGGGACUCUAUGAAAGUCAACAGCAAAUCUGUCAAAGCCUUCCACUCUGAACACGAAGUGAGGAACUACCCCAUGAAAGAGCGAUCUGAAGAAGAGUUGGAGGAACUUCACAGAGUUGAAAAUAUGAGGAGGAUUGAAAUGGCUGCCUGUGCUAACUGGCUCAAGAAAAGAGCCAAGCCGUCCACAGCUAAGGAAGAAGAUGAGGGUGGAGAAGGUCAAGAAGAUGAGAGUCUCCGUCUAAUGGGAACUUCCUGUGCUCAGUUAGGAAAUUCCCUUAUCUAUGAUCAGUUCAGCGUGCAAACCACAGAACAGAAGAUCAAUCAGAUAGUCCUGCUUCAGGAUGUGAUUUAUCAAGUGAAGGUGGCCUUCAAUGCUGAAUUUGAUGCCUUGCACAGACAGAAAGUGCUGGAGCUUGGUCGCCUGAAGGACAGAAACAGGCGAAUCAGGGACAUCAUGGUGGAGUUGGAUAUAAGUGAGGAGCUGUGGGAGCCCGACUUGACGGACAGCGAGCAGCCAGAGAGGCUCCUCAGUGUCCACAACUCUGAGAUAACGGUGGAGAAGUACCUCACCCCAGAGCAGAGGGAGGAGGAGGAAAGGAAGAGGCUGAAAGAGCAGAGACGUCUGGCUGCCAAGGAAAUACCACUGCUUGAGUUUGCUUUGGCCAAACCUAGUGUACACUGGACAGAAGAGGAGAAAAAAGCCCACAAAGAGUAUCAAAAGAAAAAGAAAGCGCUGAGUGAGGAGCAGGAGGAAUAUAGAAAGCUGGUGGUCAAUGAAAUGGACAAACUGAAGGUGUCCAACAAAGAUGCGACAGAGAAGUUUGAUGAAUCGUUGAUGAAGCUGUUUGAUAAAAAAAUGAAGUGUGAAAUGACAAUACAUCAGGAACAACUGAAGGUGGCCUCCCUUCUUUACUCCAUCCUCAUGGAAGAAGAGGUUAAAAAUCGAGAGCUGGAGCUCAAGCUGAAACUUGACAAAAUGCUGACACACAAAGAUGAACUUGAGAAAGAAAUAAAGAAACAUGAAGAUGAUGUACGACUGUUUCAUGAGAGCUAUGACGUGUUUGUAGCUGAUGACAAAUUUUUAGAUAGAGAUUUCAAGAAAGUCUUCUCUGAUAUGCCUGACCACAUUGUUAACCAGCUCUAUAAGCUGUACAAGCGCAGACCCAGGGUUCAGAAAAUGAAGACCCAGGCUACUGACAACAACCCCAACAUUUUCAAAUACCAGCACCUUAGUGAUUCGUUGGCUGCUGACGGUUUGCCUAAAAUGCUGAAGGCCAUGGAAGAGCUGGAUGCUCCAGAGAACAAGCCAGAAGGCAUUCAGCCAGUGAUCUGGGAGAGGCUGUGCAUCAUCCGUAGGGAAAAAGUUGAGCGAGAGCAUCAGAUUAAAGUAAAUGCUUUGAAUCUUGCUGAGAUGCAGGCCUUCCUGCAGCAGAGACGUGCUGAAGAAGCGGCUGCUGAACACCAAAUCAAAAACAUCAUAAAUGAACUUGAUAAUCUGCAUAAGGAGAAGACCUGUUUCCUGAAGAACAUUAUGGUUCAGGUGCUCAUCAAGCAGGGCCAGGUGGAGGUGACUCCAUCAGGCCUAGCUCCUGACUACUCUGACUCCGUGCUCGUCCACAGGAGUGUGGUGGAGGACCUCAACAAAACUGUCAGGACGCUUGGAGAGCAGAAAAUCGCCAGCAUGGUGAAGCGCAAGAACUUCCGUAAAGGUAUCAUCCAGUGGGAGUGGGAACACAGAAAGUUGAGGAUGCAGAUAGAGGACCUCCGAACCAAAGCUAGGGACAUCCAGAAGUUGCGAAUCUCUGAGGACCAACAAGAAUAUCUCAGGAAGACAGAUCGUAAGAGUCGUGUGACCCAGCAGUUAGUCACUUUAGAGAAAACUAUAGAAUUCCAGCAAAAGAUUCAUCAAAAGAAUGUGGAGCAACGCCAGAGAAAGAUUGCAGUGCUAAAGCAGAAGACUGCAAAGAAAGCUGAGCAAAAUGCGGUUUUUGACCAGCAGAAGCUGCCCAAUAUGCAAUUGGCUGUGGCUGAGAGGAGACAUAUCUGUGAAAUGUUCGCUGCAGAGAGCGACCAUGAAACAAAAACAGACGCACGCUUCAAGGAAAUUGUUCAGAAUAGGAAACUGAAGGAUUUGGCCCGAACACUGGAGGAGGAGCUGACUUUCCUCCGUGCAGAGGUGGGCCGGUUGCAGAGGAGGAACUUUCCUACAUUUGAUAUGUUCAAGGACAACUAAGUAAAGCUUUUCAACAUGGCCUUUAUUCACACAAGUAGACCAGAAAUGCAUGAAAUUUACAACAACAAAAAAAUAACAUGAAAUAACAAUGGAACAGCAAGAACAAAUAAAAAAAACACUUGAACCUCUGAAUACCGUGU